UGUCGGAUGAGGUACGGUAAUUAGCAGCAACUGAUCCAUUCUCAGCUACUCACAACUCUUCUGAAUCCUCCCGAGCCUCGACUGAGAGAGAGGAAGACAGCGAAUAAACGGAUCCCCAUCCCAGACGCCGGACUGGUGGCAGGCUUAUUGCAGUUAGAAGAAUAGAACUAGAGAUUGAAUGAUGAUUACUCAUUGGACGCUUCUUUCUGUUCAUAUCCACCGGUUUUGAUAAUCUGGUCACCCUUAGAGCUGAAAAGCGUGCUCCUCUGCUGAUGAUUCAUCCCUCCUCGUUUACCUCGUGAUUUAUGAAGUUCCAGCCAACUCGCGAACCAGAAGUAAUAUAGAAAACUCCAAAAAAUCUUAUCAACAUAGACCCCCUUUUGCAUUUAACUCCUCCUGCGUCAUGACCAACAUACCUGAGAGUUGCUUUCAAGUUUAAAUGUACAAUUCUCUCCCACACACGUUCUCAUCCUCGACAACAAAUACCCAAUUGAAUUAUUCACGAGGGAUUCAAAUUUGUUUCCAUUUAUUGAGGUGUUUGUCUGGUUUGAAUUUUACUUCAUGGGACAUUCAGUUGAUUCAGCUGGAUUAUUGGUAGUGCUAUGGUUAAUGAUUUCUUCUUGGGCCUAUGUUGGAUCUAGUGAAGGGUACAUAUCUUAUGAGAUAUCCGAUAAAGGUCUCGACUUUGUCAAAGAUUUGUUAAUUGAACAAGCCGAGACUUCCUUGGUUCCACUUGAGCUGCCUAAUAUUGAGAAGACUGUCAAAAUUCCAGUGAUUGGUACAGUUAGCAUGGAGGUUUCGAAUGUUACCCUCUACAGGGUUCAUGUUACUUCCUCAACUGUUAAAACUGGUGAUACUGGCAUCCUUGUUGAUGUUGCUGGCGCCACCGCUAAUUUGACUUUGCACUGGGGGUAUUCCUACAGCACCUGGUUGCUUCCAAUCUCAAUUUCGGAUCAAGGGGAGGCAGAAGUUCAGAUUGAAGGUAUGGAAAUUGGGCUUGUGCUUGAUUUGAAGAAUCAGCAAGGAUCUCUUAAGCUGUCUCUCGUGGAUUGUGGUUGCUAUGUGAAAGAUCUAUCCAUUGAUUUGGCUGGUGGAGCGUCCUGGCUAUAUCAAGGAUUGGUAGAUGCUUUCGAAGAUAAAAUAGCAUCUGCAGUUGAAGAUGCUGUUUCGAAGAAAUUAAUAGAUGCAAUUGAAGAGCUUGAUUCUUUUCUGCAAUCUCUGCCGAAAGAAGUUACAGUAAACAAUAUUUCUGCUUUAAAUGUCACCAUCGUCGGUGACCCAAAAUUAAGUAACUCUUCUCUUGAACUUGAAAUCAAUGGCUUAUUCAGUCUCAAGGAUGAAGCUGCAGUUUCCAAACUUCAGCAUGAGAAUGUUCAAGUUCCAUUUUCCUGCAAUGGUCCAGCUAGGAUGGUGGGGAUCUCAGUGCAUGAGAAUGUCCUCGAAUCGGCAUCUGCAGUCUACUUUGAAGCCAAUAAAAUGCAUUGGAUUGUUGACAAUAUACCUGAUCAGAAUUUGAUGAACACUGCUGAGUGGAGGUUCAUUAUUCCUCAGCUCUACAAACAAUACCCAAAUGAUGACUUGAACCUCAAUAUUUCUGUGUAUUCCAAUCCAAUAUUAAAAAUUGGUGAGAAGCAGAUUGAUGCAACAAUCCCCUUAAAAGUGAUAAUUGAUGUGUUGGACGAUGGUCAAGUAGUACCGGUUGCAUGUAUUUCUGUGGUAAUUAGCGCUGCUGCUUAUCCAGAAGUCUCACGUAAUGCUCUAGCUGUCAGCGUGAAGUUAAAUGAAUUUACUAUGUCCCAGGAUUGGAGCAAAAUUGGUAACCUCCACAUGCAUCUUGUUCAGCCUGUGAUCUCGACGUUGCUGAGAACUGUCGUCUUGCCUUAUAUCAAUUUAAAGCUGUGCAAAGGAUUUCCAAUACCAAUUUUCCAUGGUUUUGAGCUUCAAAAUACUGAGCUGCUCUGUACUGAUUCCAGGAUCAUCAUUUGCAGUGAUGUGGCAUUCAUUGAAACAGCGCAACCUCAUACAGUCUUUGUAUAAUACUAACUAGAUCUGCAUCGCGAUAUAGAAAUUUAUUUCAAUACUUAAACCAUUAUUAUUAUUAUUAUUAUUGUAGUCUUCCAUCCUGUGAUAUAUCCACAGUUUGCUUAGACUCGAUCGGGUUGCUCAAUGUGUACAGUAGUUUGGGGGGAUGACAUUUGUUAGUGGUAUUUGUAACAUGAAGAAGUUGUGCUGUGCAUCCUAAAAAAAAAAGAAAAUGGAAAAUAAAUUUCUGGAGUGCUAGCUCCUUCUUCUGCCA